AUGGAGGACAAAUCGUACCCAUCUGUGCCGUUGACAAAGAUUCAGCCCAUGAAGUUCCGCGUGUACUCUCACAACAUCAAAAACGGUGGCCACACCGACCUCGUCCCGGGAGAACAGCCGUGGGAGCACAGAGUGGAUGACAUCACGGCGUCCAUCAAGUUCCACCGUUCGCAAAAUUCGAUUGUCACCCUCCAGGAGGUGUACAAGUUCCAGUUGGACUCCAUCGUGGACGCGUUGAACAAGGUGGGCGAAUGGGACUGGUACGGCGUGGGACGCAUCGACGGGAAGGAAAUGGGUGAAUUUGUGCCCAUUCUCUUCCGAACCAGUGAGUGGGAGUUGGUGUUCAGUGACACCGUGUGGCUCAAUGACAAGGACCCUCGCACAGCGUUGGAGGGCUGGGAUGCCAAGUACCUCCGGAUCGUAUCGUACGUGACCUUAAAAAACAAGCACACUGGCAACCACAUCAACGUGUUCAACACUCACUUCGACCAUGUAGGCCAGGAGGCGCGACACGGAUCGGCAAAGGCCAUCAUUCGUCGCAUGGAAGACAUCAACCAGUGGCCAUCGAUCUUGUGCGGAGACUUGAACUUUGAGCCCGAGGAAGACACCUACGAUAUUCUUGCACAGAGCCUCCAGGACGUAUCCAAGCUCGCCACUGAUGACACUCGCUACGGGUACACCGACUCCAGUGUGACGGGUUUUGCAGACGAGGUGUUGGCACUGGGAGGGCAGAAAAUCGACUACAUUUUUGCACCCAAGUAUGCUACGAGCAUGAAUGGCCAGUGCAAGGGCACGGUACGGAUGAGCUUGGAGGCAUGGGGGGUACUUCAGUCCAAGUUUGGCCAGUACUACAUGAGUGACCACCGGCCGUUAGUGGCGGACUUUUGGUUGGAUAAGUGUGAGUAA